UAGAGUCAGAAUUUGGCAUAAACCGAAUGAGAACAUGGAUCCAUCAUUUUUUGCUUUUUUUUAUUAUUAUUAUUGGUUCUAUUGGUUUUUCAUGUCAUGUGUUUGUCUGGUGUGCCUUCAGUGAAUGUGGUACCUUUGUGGGAUGAUAUGGAUCAGCUCAUGAGGUACAAACUUGCACUUUUUUUCAAACCAUACAGUACAUCAAUAAAUUCUCCCUGUUUUUUCCUAUUUUGUCACUCAUUUGAAUUCAAGGUUUUCCAGAUAAUCACUGCAGUCUUGCAGGCCCACUGGUGUUAAGCACCAGGGCUUAAAUGAAAUAACGUUAAUUUGACCUUGCUGACCUUGCUCAAUUGAUUCAAAACCAAUUAAUUGAUUAAAUGUAUACUCUAAGCUAGUUAAACUAUAGUUAAUCUUCAUAAAGGAAAAAAAUAUAUAUAUUAACUUUUUAAUUUUUUCCAAACAAUGUACAGGACGGGGACAUCGAGAAAAAAAUGUUUCAACUGAAACCUAAACAAAUCGGUUUUGAUACAGAUUGCACCUAGAAAAUUACUAAACGAAAUAAAUUUAAAGCAUUUACCUUUCUAAAAGUAACUGAAUUAUUAGAAAUACAAAUAAUUAGGCUACACACAAUCUCUUAUACGUCCUCCAGGCCCUAGUGUAAAAGAACAAGACUAUAUAAAAUUAAAAUAAGAUGAGCGUGAGAGGGUUGCUAAGGGAUCCUGCUGAGAGCCAAUGACAGAGACUCGUUCAUUCUGUACGUUUCGUAUGAAUAAAUAGAAGGGGCGGGUCAUUGCCAAGCGCCGCAGAUAUCGAUAAGGCGUAAUUCUCCUGUGUGGAGUGUUUUAUGCCGAAGAAAUGGACAUGGGCUGCCAACAAUAUAUCCUAGAAGCGGCUCACGUAUUUUUUUAAGCGGUGCAAUUUGUCCAGCGUGAGUGGAAGCGAUGGGAUCUUGGGUAAUGGGCCGUUCGUGGGAAGAGCGAGACCUUUAUAACCGCUUCUGCACUACACCGGAUACCGGGAAAUGAACCACGCACGAGCAACGUUCUGGAUACCGUCUAUACGAGGAGCUGUCAGCAUAAAUUCAUCUGAUUUGAUUCUCUGCAUCGAUAUUCUCCAUUUAUGGCCGUUCUGUCAUCUUGAUAUCGGGUGUGUGUAAAGGGGCGCGCGAGUGAGCCGCAUCCGCGCGAGGUGCAUUUCAACAUGACAGCAAUGUAUAGAGGAAGGAUACCAAGCGGGAAGACCUGUGGCUAUCCGGGGGACAUUUUAUCAGGGUCAGAUGGCCUGUCUUGAAUAAGAAACAAGCAAAAAUGGAGAGCUCCAGUUCAAGGAUGGUCCUGAGGAGCUCCCGGCGUCUGCUCGGAUGUUGUGCGCUUCUGCUCGCGACCGUGAUGCUGGCGGGCUUCAUCCCGACGUCCAGCUCACCCGUGGCAGUGGAGCUCCCAUCCAACAUGUCUAAAAGGAGUCUCAAUCAACUUCCAACAAGACCACAUUCACCUCCUGCCUUAUCUUCAUCAUCUUCGUCUCCUCAGCGUUCAGAAAGAACCAGGCGUCCAGCUCACACGCCACCAGGUGCCAAACAUCCCUCAUCCUCUGGUCACCACGACAGUGCCUCCAGUAUAGAUCCCACCCCGUCCCUUAGCUCCGAAGGGUCGGGUAACCUGGGCGACGGGGCCCAGGGCAUCCACUUGCUGUUACGGCCCCCAGACCUUCUAACGCCCAGCCAGAUGCCUCCUCUCCAUGGCAACAGACCGCCUACGCCAGCCCCCCCGACCCUGGUGCAGCCCGAAGACCUGUAUCCCGCCCACUCUGCGGAGGUGGACUGGGGAUCCGGAGACUACCUAGAAACUCUUACGUUCAUGGGAUCCGAAGGGGAGGAGUUUUCUCUCGUCACCACCCUUCCUACCCAUGGAUACGAUCCAUAUGAUGCCGACGAUGAUGCCACAGUCAGCUACAACACAGCUUUCCCUUCUCGUCCCAUCCUGCCCCUCUCGUCCAGAGACCUCCAGCCCAGCGCGACCGUAAAAUACGGGAAUAACUUAAGGACGGCUCAUCCUACUGAUCCCCGCCUUCCAUUGGCUCCUGACUCUGCCCACACAAGCGAUAUGGACGAUGAUUUGGAUUUCGAUUGGGCGGAGCUUUUUCCCAUUGAGCCAACUGAAAUGCUGCUUCCCGACAUGAACAGUUUGGAAUACUACAACACGUUGCAAGCCAAAGAGAACGCUAGUAUUGCGAGGAACAGGACGCACCCUCACAUCACCCCAACGCACACUGUAGAAACCCCCCACACUACCACUGCAACUUUGGGAAAAGUCCCUGAUCAUGUUGACCUGACAGCCCCUCAGCCCAUUCCAUCAGUGACCCCAACUCCACCCCAAAAACCUAAGCCUCCCAUCCCAUCAACCACCGAGACACAACGACCUCCUGAAGCCCCAAAGAAGGGUGUUCAUUCCAUACCCACGUCCCAUGGGGGCAAAACCCGACCGUCAGUGCCAACCGCCCUGCCUCCACCCGGCACCUUUGAGGGUCCAGUAAUACAAGCUGUCACGCUGAAGCCCCCCGCUACGAAACCCCGUACAACCACCAUCAAAACCCCCAUCAGAACUACAACUACAACUAAAAGCACGACUACCACGAGCACCACCAAAAGCCCACCGCCUACAACUCCCAGAAUUCCUCUGUCCAUCGCACCCCGACAGUACAUUUGCAACAUCACCAAACCGGACAUGUACCUAGUUAGAGUGGGAAUGCCAAGUGGGUCAUCCGUGGCGUUUGCCAAAGCUCACGUGCGGGAGAUUCUUCGACGAGAGUUCAACCGUUCAGUUGAGCUACAGGUCCUCAAAGCCCCGCCCAAUUUCAUCUUCCGGGCAGUCUCCGGGCCAUUAGUGUACACUGCUGUGUCCGUCAUCAAUACUCUCCGCCAAUCAGCACACAGCACUUCUUAUUCUACCAUUCUAUCCGUCACAACCAUAUAUGCCGUGCCCGAUUACAAACAUCAGGUCCACACAGUGCUGCAGUUUGUGCCGAGUCAUGUGGACGUGCGUCUGUGUAGCUUCAGCGAGCGUGUGGAGAAGGGGUUACUCAUGGCGUAUGCGGAAGUACGCAAGCGCUCGCAAGAAAAUGGAAAUUUCUCAGUUCACAUUGUGAAUAUCACUAGUAGCGUUCCUAAGGGUCAGCGGCAGCAGAAGGCUCCGGUGGACAUCACCUUUGCUGUGCGUGACUCCCAAGGCUUCCUAACGGGUUCAGACGUGAGUGGCCACAUGAGGCAGCUCAGCACUGUGGAGUUCAGCUUCUAUCUUGGUUUUCCUACCCUGCAGAUCGCUGAACCUUUAAAUUAUCCUGAAUUGAAUGUGUCCCACCUUUUACGCACAUCCUGGGUGAAAACAGUUUUACUGGGUGUGUUGGACCAGCGUGUGAAUGAAAGGACGUUCCAGGCCAAAAUGGAGAGGCGGUUAGCACUGCUGGUCGGAGAGGGACUUGGGAUUGGGGUUAGCAAUCGACGAUGGAGAAGAGCUACUAGUAUUGGCAACAACAGUGUGCAGAUCGUUCGAGCGUCCCGUCUGGAUGGCCCAGACUACCCGUUGGAGCUGGUGUAUUUUGUGGAAGCGGGGUCAGGAGAGAGACUGCCAGCCCAGGCCACUGCAGUCAUGCUCAACAGACUGAACCUGCAGAGAGCUGCCAUCGUACUGGGCUACAGAGUACAUGGAGUUUUGGCCACACCGGUGGAGAAGCUGGCCCUUCCGCCCUCUGAGACUCAGUCCAGUAACAUUUGGCUGAUCGUAGGAGUUGUGGUCCCAGUGCUGGUGGUCAUCCUCAUCAUCAUCAUCCUUUACUGGAAACUGUGCCGCUCUGAGAAGCUGGAGUUUCAACCAGACGCCAUGAGCACCAUCCAGCAGAGACAGAAGGUCUGGGUCUCUGAGUGUUUGCAGCCUCCCAGCGUUAAAGGUUUUGAUUUCGCUAAGCUACACCUGGGGCAACACAGUAAGGAUGACAUCAUGGUAAUCCAAGAACCCGCUUCUUUACCGCCGCCUGUUAAAGAGGCCACGCCCUCAGAGGGCGGAGAAUUGAACACUCCUAAAUCGAAGAGCUCAUCUACAAAAGCGUCACGUGCUGCACGGAGAAGAGGCCGAUUGUCUCCAUCUGAUGGAGAUUCGUUAGGAAGUGAAGCAUCCAGCGGUAGAGAAUCAGCUGAGGAGAGCACCAGACCUGCUGUGACCCCAAGUGACUGCAAACCCCAACAUCGCAAGAACAAGCAUGCAAAAAACAAACAUGGUACUCAGCCUGGAAGUGGUGUGGAUGAGCAGUUGUCCUCGUCGUCCAUAUUUGAGCAUGUGGACCGCCUGUCUCGAGGUUCGUCAGAUGGAACUCGCAGAGUGUCCAAUAAGAUACAGCUUAUUGCCAUGCAGCCCAUGCCAAGCCCACCCUCCUAUCCACAUAACCAAGCCCUGAGUCCCAACCUGACGGACAAGAUGCAUGACGGAGCCAAUGUCAACAGUGAGAUCCAAGUGGCCUUAAGGCAUAAAUCCGAGAUCGAACACCAUCGCAAUAAGAUCCGCCUGCGUGCCAAGAGAAAGGGCCACUAUGAGUUUCCCUCCAUGGAGGACAUCAUGGCAGCGUUCGCCGACAGCUCCGAGCAGCAGCGAGUGUAUCAACAAGCUCAGGAGCAGAUACACAAGAUCCUGCAUCCUGAGGAACACACGCCUUCAUCGCGUGGAGAGCCACGCAAAAGUUCCAGAGGAAAACGCUCUCCCAGGCACAGACAGAGACCAAAUUUGAGUGGAAGCGGAAGUCUCAGAGACAAAGAUCGCCUCAUUAAUGACGGAGAUGCCACGUACAGGAAGUACCCCGGGGUCAACAACGUAGCCUAUGUGUCUGAUGCAGAUCAGCUCCCAGAUGCAGAAAGCCCUUCUCCUACUGAUGAGGUGUUUUUGGACCCUGGAUCGCCACCAUCUGGCCCCGCCCCUGCUCCGCCCACCUACACACCCCCUCAACCAACCAUCGAAGAAGCUCGGCAGCAGAUGCACUCCUUAUUGGAUGAUGCUUUUGCUCUCGUCUCGCCCUCUUCUCAAGGAAGCCCCGCUCCUCUAACGUUCACUGGCAUUACCGCGGUCACUGGCGUCGAAGGAAUCAGCCCCGGUCAACCCUCCAGCCCAUCCUCACGCCCCUCACGCCAAUGGGGCUCCUCUUCUUACCCAGCAGCCCCUGCACACAGUCCUUUCUCUGCUAGGUAUGCUGAGUUAGGAAUGUCUCCCACAUCGGUACAGGGUUUACUGCAGAGUUUUGACAGGCAGGCGCAAGGCUCUGCGUAUCUGGCAUCAGCAGAGAUGCAGUCCGAUCCUGGAUACUCUAGCAGGGGACAGUAUGGAGAAGAGAUGCCUUCAUCUUCUCGGCCACGGCCAGUGGGGGGAAGCACAGGUGCACAGUUGCAUCAGCUGACACAAGUGGGCUUGUCAAGUCGGAUUGGAAUGUAUCCUGGAGUUGGCCGUAGUGUAUCUGGACCCUCGGGAUCAAGCUGGACACAGUACCGCUCAGAUGAGGAGAUCUCUAGGCCAGGAUCCAACCGAGAAGCUAUACUGACAUUCCCAGAAUACUCUUCAUCACCUGUAUUCCAGAUGCCCAGGACAUCCCUGCAGGAUCCCACAACACCCCAGGCCCACCUGGAAGCCUCGAGCGCGGGGUACGUUGCCCCCGAGGAGCGUUCUCCACCCCCUCACUCCUCGGCCUCUCUCAUCAAGGCCAUCAGGGAAGAACUGCAGAGACUUUCUCAGAAACAGGCUGCUGUUGUCAGCUACCACAGUUGAGAAAGACCAUUCCAAAACCCCAGUCCUGGUUAACUUCCCGAUGUACCACAUAAACAACCUCACAAAUCCCAACACAGCUCGAUGGCUGAGAAACUGCUUUACACAAAACCCAAACCAAAAUCUUCAAAUUCAAGUACGGCUGGUCUGUUACAUAUGAAGAAAUACUAGCAAUCAUCCCUGCUUGUAUCGGCAGGAAAAUUCCACGGUUUAAAUGUCACUGCUGACAUGCAGAAAAUUCAACUAAAUACUCUCUCCUAUGAUUCACAAUAAAAAACACACCCUAAACGUCCUGUCCAGACUGUUUAGAAAAAUAGACAAAGUUGCCCCGUAUUCAGACUCUCAAUUUGCAUGCUGAGAGUUGUGAACCUUCAAGACUUAGUGCUGACUGUUGCUAAUGUGAAACUCACUCCCAUUCAGUUCCAUGUCUCUCAAAGUGCUUCCUUCAAAUGGGUCAUCUUCGUGUCUCCGGACUUCCUCUGGUGCUAAAAAUCAUUUCUGGGCUGUGCCACAAUACCACAAACUAGCCCUGGCCAAAAACUCUGAAGUGGCUUUCUUCUUUUUUUCUUUUUUGCCGCUAUCCUGUUCUCCCAAUUAUUCAAGACGGAUUAUCAAGUAGAAACGUGCUCUGUUCCACAAUCUAGUGAGCCUCCCGGAAAAGGUACCCAACAUAAUUAUUCAAUUAAUUUUCACCAAAUUAUAAUUCUUCACAGAGAAGGCAAACCCACACGCAUGGUGAACGAGGCAAGAGAAACGUCCAUUAUAAAGUUUUAUAAAAACGUUCAAAUAAUUAUUUAGCUCAACAUUUGUGCGUUCUGUGUAUUUUUAUAUUUAUUAGAGUGUCACGCCUUUAACUUCGCAAAAUGCUGACGUCAGUCUAGAGAAAUGUCAGAUAUAAAGUUUGAUGAAUUUCAUUGAGUAACGUUACCCAAAAAUUUUACCCAAAAUUUGCGAGUUCUGUGUAUUUUUAUACUUCUUAGACUGAGAGUCCUUGAAAGAGACUUUGGCUUAGCAAAAUGCUAAUAUCAAAAUCUGGUCUAGGCAAGAGAAAUGUCUAUUAUAAUGAUAAGUAGCUUAGCUUAUAUUAUUUUACUCAGCAUUUGUGAGCUCUGUGUAUUUCUUACUUAUUAGAGUAUCACGCCGUUAGCUUAGCAACAUGCUAACGUUAAACUCGUUUGAUUGACAUCAAUUGCAAAUCGAGUCAAUAUAGUGUUUUCCAAAUGAGCUACUUAUGAGGUUCCAUGACAUUUGGGAUGUCCAGCAGCUCACUAGUUUUUGGAACAAAACCUUCAGGUCUUGCCAUACAUUUGAGCUCCGAGUACUUCAAACUCUGCAGGGGAGGGAAACAGAUUUUGUUAGGAUUGUAAACAGUGAAGUUACUCUGAGUUUUUGAGCCAGCCCACAUGUGGAGAUGAUCGACAGGCGGCCUCAGUUGCAGACCAGCAUGGUUCCCAAGCCGAGAAACAUCAUAUUACUUUGUCCAACCGGUCUGCAUCUGAGGAAAAGUAUCAAAGCAAACAUCCAUGAUGCCCGUGUGUAUUCUUUUGAGCUCGUUUUGCCAGUGGGUUAUGUUGGCUGUCCAAUCAUUUCAGUGUCUUUCUAAAGUAUGGCUGAGGUAGUUUCUCAGUUGAUAUUAAUUUUGCACAUUUCCUCAUCUUUGCACAUUCAUAUCAUGGUGAUAAUGGAAGUCAAUCAGUUAAAGAGUUUAUUGUGGAAAAGAGAGUAUAGUAUACAGUAUCUAUAUAAAUACUAUAAAGAAAGAUAUAAGCGAGUUCAUAUUCUAUACAAAUAUAUAUAUAUUGCAUAUUAAUGUCUUAACUCAUUGAGCACAAUCUGAUUAUAUGUUAGAUUAUAUGUUAAACAUAUUAGAUUGUAUUUAUUUUUAUUGUUAUGAAACGUAUUAAAGAUGUGGGAAAAGUGU